AUGUCCAUGUUCAGUCAAAACCCAUUGAUGAAUGGUCCAAAUUACUCCUUCAAUCAAGCUCCAACCAAGCAAGCUGAUGGUUUCACACAACAUCAUGGUUUCUACCCAUACACCGAUAACGGUGGCUCUACUCUAGCAAUCUCAGGUUCAGACUUCACCAUCGUCGCCGGCGACACCCGUUCCACAUCCGGAUAUAGCAUUAAUACAAGAUACCAACCAAAAGUCUUCAAGAUCGGCGGCACAACCGCUGCUCAAGACGAUGCUACCCUCGUUCUCUCAGUCGUAGGAUUUGCCGCAGAUGGAGAAGCACUCAAGGAACGCCUCGAUGCAAUCGUCAAGAUGUACCGCUACCAACACGGCAAGCCCAUGAGUGUUAAAGCAUGCGCUCAGCGAUUAGCAACUAUUUUAUACAGCAAGCGAUUCUUCCCAUAUUACGUUACCGCGAUUCUCGGAGGUUUGGACGAGGAAGGAAAGGGAGCAGUUUACAGUUAUGAUCCUGUUGGAAGUUAUGAGAGAGAACAGUGCAGAGCUGCAGGUGCUGCAGCCAGUCUGAUCAUGCCUUUCUUGGACAACCAGGUCAAUUUCAAAAAUCAAUAUAUCCCAGGUAGUGGCGAAGGACAUGCUUUGGCGGAAAGAGAAAAGAUUCCAUUGGCUAGAAAUGAAGUGGAGGAUUUGGUUAAGGAUGCAUUUGACAGUGCGGUGGAGAGACAUAUUGAGGUCGGUGAUGGUUUACAGAUGUUGAUCAUUACGAAAGAGGGCAUUGAGGAGAUUUAUAAGCCAUUGAAGAGGGAUUAA